AUGGCGCUAGCUGCGCAGCAUUUGUGCACCGCCGCCGUCAGUGUCAGCCAGUUUGCCGUGGCAUACGGAGCUCCAUCGCAGUCUUUAACACUGGUAGCAUGCCGCGACAGCGUGGACGUGAACCGGCGGUGCGAUGCAGAAGCGUCAGACAGCCACCCACUAGCCGUGGUCGAACACCGGGGGACCACCUCACCGACACUGUCUUCCAGCAGCGAUUCACCACGACAUCGCCACCACCAGACGCAGCCCGCUCCAAGCACCGAUCGCACUGGAGAAACUCGAACACCACCUCGGCCAACUGAAGUCGCACGGCGACCGGCUUUCGAGACACCUUACACCAGCCGCUUGGUGGCGACUCUCGAGCCACCCUGUGGCGAGAGGCAGACAGCGACCUACGACCUCGGGGACGCCACCUGCGCGACUCCAGUUGGGGUACCGCCGCGCUUCACCCCACUCACUGCAUCUAAGACUCGUGUGUGGGUAACCUCGCUCGAUGAAGAUCUCGGACUCCACUCUGGCCAGGAGUCGUCAGGAGGAGGAAGUGCAGUUUGGGCCUCCGAAUGCAGUCUUCCAGGGGAGCCUCUGAGUGAACCGGAAGCGGAGUCGUCGGAACGUAUUCGCUGUGUCUGCUCAGAUUCGGACAGCCCGUGCGGUUAUUCGUCGCCGACUCCUGAAGCGAGGGAAGUCGCGUCCGAGGCAUCUCCCACCGGAGGCGCUUCUUCCUCGCCACCUCGCACCGCCCCAGCACCGGACAGCGAACCUCCCGGUCGCGACGAUUUGGGGCCUCCACUGCAGACUCCGCGAGCAGAGGCAGUCUGGACUCAGACGGCAGAUGGUGGAGACGCUGGACUUGAGCCCCUCCUGCUGGCCAGAGCCGCCGACUCUGCCGCCAUCACAGGCGGCGUCUACAUCCUCGUGAGUCCUGCCCGACACCUGCUGCGAAAGCAGCCCGGCGAAGGACACCUCCACCACCACCACCACUGCUGUUGCUACGAUUUCGGUGGGCCGCUAGAGGCCUCCUGGAUUGUCCCCGAGACUCGGCCCCUCGGCGAGUGGGGGCGGGAGCCGUACCCGGACGGCAGCGACGGCGGGCCCGUCGACGCCCUCGUCACCAGGACCAUCUCCGACUUGGACGUCACCGCCGUCGUCACCCGGCUCUGGUCCAAGCAGGCGGCGCGUCUCACCAGCGCACUCUCCCGGGUCGCCGACUCCGGCCGUCUCUUCGGAGCCUCCGACGAUGGUGAAGACCGUGGCGGCGGUGGGGGCGGAGGCCCGCAGGUGAAGUGGGGCAGUGGGGGCGGCGGCGACGACGACCACGACACUGACGGCGACGCCCUCCAAACUGAUCCGGUCCGACUCGACCGCCCAACUGGGCAGGGUAGCCCCGGACCGCGCGAAUCGCCCACAGCGAGAGAGCGCCAGUUGACAACAAAAUCGACGAAAAGUCUUCCGAACGACUCCGACGGGGCAGCUGUUCCUCCUCGUUGCCACUGCGGACGAGUAGGGGAACCCCCGACACCGGGCCCUCCGGGCAGUCCCGACAGUGCUGCCACCACAUCCGACAGUAAAAUUCCCCCGACAGUAGAAGAGGAAGUAGACCGACGACCGUAUUCAAUAUUAUUAGACGUAAACACAUCGUACAGAGUAGAAAAUUCCUCAGUGGGUGGAGAAAACCCGAGACCUCCGAUCAGCCCCAGUAACAGUGCUGGAAAAGUUUCCUCCGAUUCUGAGGACAUUCAGAGCUCUCAAAGUUGUCCUCCCACUGAUUACCUCAGUGAAAAUUCCCAAGAGUGUGUUCACGACCUUAAGGACGCUCAAUACUUACAGACUACAUCCAGUGAGGAAACUGCAGGAUCUACAAAAUCUGUUCGGGAAACAGACGAACGUUGUGGAACUGAUGAUGAUACUGAACACUGUGUUCCAGUCAGUCCCGAAUAUUGUGGUGGGGGCAAUCCGGUAGCUCUUCCAGUUGUCCCUCAACAGUUCCACGUACCUCGUGCAGGACAGUACCACGAUGAGCAGCUCGAGGAAAGUAGAGGUCCACGAGUAGGACCCGGUAGUGUACAAACUUGCGCUGCGUCAGUGCCGGAUGAGACUCCGGGGAGGUUACCGUACCGUAGUGAGAGUGCAGUUGGAGGAGCCCAGACUGAAAGUUCUCCAGCAGCCGCUUACAGUGACACUAGCGACGAUGACAGAGUUUCUCCCCCUCUGACGUACUCGGAGAGGCGAGAGAGACUCCAGGUAAAACUAGCACGUCGCAUCCCCGUCACCUCUGCAACGACCCGGACCACCCCUGCAAGUUCUCCAAACCCAGGGACAGGAACCACACGGGACAGAACUGGACGAUGCGACGCUGAUCCGUACCGUGACGACCUCGCAGCCAGGUCUGCCCGUGGUUCGACACCCAGUCAUCCUUCAAGCAUAGGAGGCUGCGGCGGCGAACACGAUGAGUGCACCUGCGACCGCUACUGCCAGCACUUCUCGCCGCUGGAGGACAUUCCGUUCGAGUCGGACGCGCAGAUCAGUGCCUACAUGAAAGUCGUCUUCGAGAGGAACAAGAUGAGGGUCAAGAAGCAGCAGCAGCAGCAGCAACAACAACAGCAACAGCAGCAACAACCACAACAGCAACAACAACAACAGAGCAUCAUCAACAACAACAACAAGGAGCUGUCGGUGGUGAGCGGGGGCGGAGAGGCGGGCGACGGGUCCCCGGGGGUGGCGCUGGACGCCGUGGCCAAGGACGCGCCGCUGCCCCUGCCCCCGGCCGCCCCCGCCGCCCCCGCCACAACGACCACCAAGUCGAUCCUCAAGUCGGUGCUGAAGCGCGCGGGGAGCAAGAAGCUGGGGCAACAACAGCCGCAGGUGCGCAAGCGGCACCGCGUCCAGUUCGACGAGUCGCUCAACAGGUUCUUCGACGCGGACUACGUCAUCCUCAUCAGGGAGGCCGAGGAGGGCGACGAGGAGUAUGAGGAGGACGACGACGAGGACGACGAGGGUUGCCUCGACGACCUGGACGAUGAAGACGCGGACGUCGACGGCGACAUGUCCGAGCUGUGCACUUGCAGCGCCGGCAACGCCGCCCUCACUGCCGCCCCCGCCGCCGCCCCCGCCUUGCGAGAGACGCUCCACCGCGUCAUAGUGCCCGCCUCUCGCAGAAACCACGAAGCGCAGGAGUCUCCGCCGAUGCGCUCCGACUGGUCUCCGCAGCAGACGCUGGACGAGGAGGAGCAGGCGGGCGCCGACGACGCGCACGUCGACGCCGUGCGGCGCACCGACAACGCCCCACGCCCUGCGGCGGGCGCCGAAGAUUCCGGCAAACAGCGAUAA